AUGCCCUUUGCCCCUGAUGACCUACAUGACUCGUGGUGCAAGCCGCAGAAGUUCCCCUGGCAGUUUCGACGAAGCGAGCUGAAUCUUAGGCUCAACUCGCGACUCAGUUCUUUUGCUCAGUUCGUUGCAGACCCCAAGGCUGCGCUGCCGGACAUCGGUAAGGUGUUCCAGGGCUUCCGCCCCGAUCAACCGGACGCGCCGAGUGUUUCCGCACCAAGUCUGGACAGCUUGGCGGAGGCGUUGCAGGUCGCCCAUGGGCUGUUGGGCCGUUCAGCCCAGCAUGCCGCCCCGCGCGAAGUAACGGAGGUGAACGAAGUGUUAAAGCGCUGCUUGAAUCUGACCAAGGACAUGCCGAGACCACUUCUCCGCGAGGAUGCUGUGGCAGCUGAGCACGGCAAAGUAACCGCAUUUGAAGCCCGAUUCCACGCCUUCGUUGUGGAGGUGGUCCAGUUGGUGAAGCAGGUCCCUGAGGGAGGCAUGGCAUUGCUUCCAGCCGGAUGGCUGCGCAGCACUGUCUCCAAAGAUGAGGCAGAUGUGGCAGACGACUCUGGACACUGUUUGUUGCUUGUCGUAGUCCGGGGGAAGAAAGACAGCAGCGAGACGUGCCAUUUAGCUGUCGUAAACACUGGCGAGGGCUUACAGUAUCAUCCUGUAGUGGCUAGUGGACAAGCACCACAUCCCAGCCUGCCCUUGCGCGAUACGUUGGUGCUUUCCGGGUGCAGUCGCGCCGGAUUGUGCUCAAGCGGAUUCUGGUACCUCAUCUAUCGUCAGCUGCUCUUUCCAUGCGACUCCAACGGGCCACGGCUCCUAUAUGGGAUGGUACUUCCUUUCGCAAACAAGAAGCCGCUGAGAGCCAACUGCGGCCCCGAGUCUGAAAGCUGGACGAGGCCCAUGCCUAUUCCAGCAGGAGGCGACAAGUCGUUCGCACUGUGCGUCGAACGUGCCCUUCUGUUUUGCUUUGCGGCUGCUGGCCUGUCAAAAGAGGAGGGGUCCAUAGGUCGCGCAAACAGAGUACUGACCGGAAUCGUGGGAUCACACGUCAACAAGGGCGUUCCGCAGGACAGGCAUUCGCCGCCAGAUGCAUAUGAGAAGGACCUUCUCAUGCAAGUGAAGCCGUUCCAAAAACCACAUGCGCAGCACUUCUUCACCUUCACGCCUGGCAGGGUUCUGGACAAAGUCGCCGCUCUCGAGUCGUCCGAUGGCCAGCUCCAAUCUGCCUUCGACUUGGCACACAACGCGCAUGCACAGCCGCCCACUGCAGCCCUGCCGGCUCUUGAUGAAGCGGCCACUCGCAGUUUCUCCCACUUUGAGCGCAUGGUGAAGGAGGAUGUAGAGAAGCUGAAAGGGGAAGUGGAUCCUCCUCGCAUCCUCAUCCCGGUGUUGACGUCUCGCCUGCCAGUCUCGGUCCGAACGCCGCUGGAGGCAGCGUCUUGCUGCCGCCUAACGGCUCAACUGCUCACUUUACUUAUCAACCAGCAGGACCAGAUAUCUCACGCUCCCGCAUCCUGCUUCGCUGUGGUUGCCCAUCUGCUUACGCGGCUUCUUCCAAUGCCAUUGCCUCUGGAUCAUCCUCGCAAGGCUGAACUAUGCUUCUGGGCACAGGAAAUGGUCUAUGAGACCAAGGCGGAUUUGAUGCGCCACUUGUACCUGAUCGUCCAGCUCCUAGGCAUGAUCAACAGCAUGUUUGCCAACUCAACCACCUGGCGAUCAAAAGAGGAGGAGCAGAAGGGCCGCGCGGCAAUCCAUGCAAGCCAGGUGAACCGCUACAGCGCCGCAAAUGCGCGAGCAUUUGCAUCGGCCACUGCGAGCCAAGAAGACCUAGAAGCUGAGCGCCAAAGUUCCUUGAAGCGAAAGCAACAAAACGAACAAGAAGUGGCGGCUCUCCUUGAAGAGGCUCAGACUGCCAAAGGCGCAUCUCUCACGCUGCGCGUGCAGGCCACAAAGGACAAAGGCGAUAAAGGCAAGGACAAGAAGCUUCCUGGCUUUGUGGCCGUGAAGAAGGCCAAGCCCGCGCCACCUGCAACCGAGAGUCCCGCUGCUGCUCCAGCAGCCAGCACUGAGGCAGAGCCAGCCGAAGGCAAGGAAGGGUCAACAGAGUCAACAGGUCUUGGGCUAGGUUACAGCUCCAGCUCAGACGAAGGGGAGGAAGAGGGGGAGGAAGGGGCUGCAGAGUGA